ACGACGGGUGUAUCUGAGAUCUGCACGCACAAUAAAAAUAUUUCAUGAGCAAUUUCAAGUGUUCGAUUCGCCGGGGAUGCACCCAUUGAACACCUCCCGCGACACACAGGCUUUACUCAGGCGUUCAAUGAUAUACAUCGUGCUAUCAUUGGAAGAUACAAUACAUAUCUGUCGUCGAAAGCAACAGCGAUAGAGCAUUUCGUUCCUUUAAAAAUCUUUACUUUGUGAGAUAUUUUCUAAUGCACUCGCUCGGAUACGACCGACUGCAAAGAGAAAUAAAGGACUAUGCCUCGUAAAAGCACGAUUAGCCGCAUAGUGUUUCUUAUACUCCCGUGGUCCGGCGUCAGCUCAAACAGAUUGGUCAUCUUAAUCGCCAGAUUGUUCUGGAUUGUUACAAUAGCAUUUAUCGGAUUCUUUCACUAUCUCUAUUUCUCGACGCACUUAAAUUCAGAGAAUUUUUUCAACCUGGUGGACUGCUUCAGUAGCUUUUUGGCACACGUCAAUGUAUUCACGAAGCUCGUUGCAUUCUGGAUCAACCAGCGAAAAUUCGAGGAGACGUUGGUGUUAAUCACGGACGACUGGAAUGAUUGCGCUAAGAAUAACGUAGGCAUGCGCGUGAUGACAGACAGGGAAAAAAUAUCGGCUCGCAUUACUAACACUUUGGUCGUACUCAAUACAAUGGCUAUCUUUGCGUAUUGCCUGGGAGUCAUCAUCGCUGAUGCCGAUGUUAACGAUAAAACGAUCGAGUUGCCUUUUGUCAACAAAUUAGAGUUUCCCUUCAGUAUUAAUACACAGCGAAUGUAUAGAUUUGUGUUAAUCGCUGAAUUUAUGCACUUGAUUCUUUGCAAUGGGGUAGCUGCCGCUUACAACGCUGUACUUUUGUCACUGGUAUUCCAUGUAGGUGGCCAAAUAGAUAUUCUGCAAUGUUGGCUGGCAGAGCUUACUCCAAAUGAAAUGGAAAAUAAACAAGAAUCAAGCAUUAUUGCAGGAAACAAAAUCAUUCUAAAGCAUCAAAAAAUCAUUCAGUUUUCAGAAAAUAUAGAGCGCUUGUACACGCAUAUCGCGUUAAUAUUAUUUGCAUCGAACACAAUGUUGAUUUGCUCCCUGGGUUUUCUCAUCGUAACGGCGGUUGGUUCUGCCGAUGCUACGGAGAAGAUUAUAAAAUGCCUUUUAUUUUUCACGAUAACGAAUCUGGAGGCAUUUGUAUUUUGCUACGCUGGAGAGUAUCUAAACAAUAAGAGCACAGGGAUUGGAUUUGCAACGUAUAACUGUGCGUGGUACAAUUUUAAAUCUAAAGAUAGUCGUGUUUUGUUACUUAUAAUUUUAAGAUCCCAGAGGCAAUUGACAUUAACAGCUGGCAAAAUGAUGGAUCUCACCUUACAAUCCUUUGCAAGUAUUAUGAAUGCUUCGGGAUCCUACCUGUCAGUGUUGUUGGCGAUGCAAUAAACAUCACGCUCACCUCGAUAACUUUUAAUCAAUAGUCGUGAAGCGUGUGUAUACAUGUCUUCACUAGUUACACUAACACACAUUGUAGUAUGACGUAUUUUUUCCAAAUAUAUUAUAUGAGAUAAUUUACGUGAAGCGUGAGACGAAGCUAGU